AACAACAAGACACCAGAGAAGUAAUUCCUUUAGUAUAGAGCAGUAGGGGAGGGCAUGGCAGCUUGGGAUAAAGGGUUUGCCAGGGAGAAGUGCUGAACUCACGCUGUUCUCAGAAUGGCAAAUUAUUCCAUUUACCACAAUGCAAACUUUCAGUCAUUUGUCAGACAAGAUUAUCGUCCCCUGAUUGUGGAGAGCAACUAUGAGGAGAUUAUAAACCAAGCAAGAUCAGAGCAGAGACGAGAAGUUAAUCAGAAACUAAAGAACGCCACCGUGUAUGCGGGGGAAUAUGGCCAGAAACAACUGGACGGAACCACUCGCUCAAAGAUGAGGCCCAGCUCCCCAACCAGGAAGAACAAUCCCCACCCCCCACAGAUCUUUAUGAUAACCAAGCUCCACAACCAGCCAGGAUACUAUGACUGUGAGAAAGGGACACUGGCAAAAUCAGGAAACUCCAGUUUAUACCUGCAACAUAAAGACAUUCUCAAUGGCAAGAAAAAUAAGGUGGAAAUAUUCAGUGACCAAAGAUUAAAUUUUGCAGCGGAGGCCUGGAUGAAACUAGCAAGUGAUAAAGACCGUGCCGCAGUGCAGAAAAUGAUGGACUUUGUAACAGAGAGUCAUGAAAAGCACAAAGAAAUUCCUGACAAAAGGAGGCUUCGCUGUCAGGCCUUGAUCCAGUUGGUGAAGCCUGAAUUAUCUGUUUCAGCCCAUCGAUGGCUGAAGGAGGCAGGAGUAUAUGAAAUAGCCAGUGUGGAGAAAUUGAUGAACACCUUGUCAACAGCUCCCGACCAGCAAAAGCCAUUGACUUUCCAUCGAGCCGAGUACGUUGUCCACCCUGAGUGGAGAACCAACUUCUCAUAAGUUACUCAUAUACUUACAUUACCUGAAUUCUAUCCACUGGGUAUAACCCAACUGAAAUGGUGGAGCAGCUACUGCGGAGGGGUUAGUAAAGUUGAGAAUAUUCUCACAAAUCUAUGUGAUAGGACUGAGCCGCGGGCCCAAUGUUUUUAUUCUCAUAAACCAAUUGUGAGAAAACUUA